AUGUCUUCUAAAAAGCCUUUGUCCGGUUCCGCCAAAAGGAGGCUGAGAGAGGAAAAUGAUAAGUUUAUUGAAUCGCAGAGAGGAUCUAUUCACAAAUUUUUGAAGAGCAACACGAGCACAUCGAGAAAUCCAGAUCAGUUGGCACUAGUUCUUGCGGCGAAUCAAAAUAAUGUUGAUCCAGAAAAUGAGGUCCCUCAAGACAACAAUAAUAUCGGCGCGGAUGAUAACAAUGCGAAUGAUCAUGAGGAACCGUGCAAGAGUACUUUGGGACGUGACGGGUUUAGAGAUUGGAAGCAUGUCAGUGAGAGACUCAAAGAACAUGAAGCUAGUGUUGAGCAUAUUACCGGCAUGGUCUGUUGGAAGGAACUGAGAACUAAACUGAGCAAACAUGAAACAAUUGAUAAGAAGUUGCAGCAUGAGAUCAGAAAGGAGAAGCAGCACAUAAGGCAAGUUUUACUAAGAAUAGUUGUUGUUGUGAAGUUUCUUGGUAAACAUAAUUUGGCUUUUAGAGGAUCCAAUGAUCAUAAAAUUCAGAAUGAGUUGAUUUCUCUUAUGGCUUCUAGCAUUACACACACUAUUCCAAAGGUAGUUAAAGAGGCAAAAUAUUUCUCGGUUAUUCUUGAUUGUACCCCAGAUGUUAGUCAUCAAGAGCAAAUGAGUGUGUUGGUUCAUUGUGUUGAUAUGUCGAAUGCCCAAAUAAAAAUUGAGGAGUACUUUCUAGGGUUUUUGAUGGUGAAUGACACAUCUGGUGAAGGGUGA